CUCUGUGUGUGUGUGUGCGCCACACAAUUCCUUCUUGCCCUUUCUUUAGUUAGUUUCUUCUCUCCUUGAAUCUGCAUCAUGAUCAUCACCAUCUGGUGGUGGUAUUUUAAUUUAAUCUAGUCUAAUCUAAUCUCUUGUUGCUCGUUUGGUUUGUUGCUCCUGUUGUUUUUAAGGGGUUUGGUUGGCUCUAGCUAGGCCAGCAGCUUUCCCAAAUUAAUCUUUGUGGUCUCUUCUUCCUCCUGCUGCUGCCUCUAUCUCUUUCUCGGUUUCGAGCCAUUUCUCCGCGACCUCUUCUUCUCCCCCACCUCGCUUGGCACGGCGCGUGCUUGAUUUUUCUUCGUCUUCUUCUUCUCUCUCGGGUUGUUGUUUGUGUGAGUGCAACCUGUUUUGUCCGCCAUCGAUCUCUCUUUAGCUAGCAAAUUGUUCGUUUGCACGCACACAAAGAAAAAAAGGUUUGGCUUUGUGGUUUGUCGUCCUGUGGCAUGCACGCGCACACACAUAUCUAUCUGUUGGUGUUUGUUGCUGAGUGAUUUAAACCUGGUCAUAAUAUUCAUGUGUUUCCUCUUUUGCUUGCUUGCUCCAUUCUCUCUUGUCUUUUAGAUCAGAAGAGGCCGGAGACACCUUCAGUUCAGCUGUGACAUCUUGCACUUGUAUGAUCACUUGCUUGCCUUUAUGCUUGAGUGAGGCAGAUAGGUGCACAGUGCCAGCCAUGUCGCCUCCUCCCUGUGACUAGUUGGACUGCAUCAGGUAGCGGCUUGGCCGCUCCUAGCUCACCUCACCUGAAGCCAACAAAGCGAGCGAUCGAGAGAGGAAUCAAGUCUCUGUUGUUUUGCGGCGAUGGCGGCCGCCUCGUCCGCGCCCUUCUUUGGGCUCGGCGACACGCAGAUGCCGCCACCGGGGCAGAACCCAAAUCCGGCUCUCCAGCCACCACCCGCCGCCGCGCCUGCGCCCAAGAAGAAGAGGAACCAGCCUGGCAACCCAAAUCCGGAUGCGGAGGUGAUAGCGCUGUCGCCGAAGACGCUGAUGGCGACGAACAGGUUCGUGUGCGAGGUGUGCAACAAGGGGUUCCAGCGGGAGCAGAACCUGCAGCUGCACCGGCGAGGGCACAACCUGCCGUGGAAGCUGAAGCAGAAGAACCCCAAGGAGGCGCGGCGGCGGGUGUACCUGUGCCCGGAGCCGUCGUGCGUCCACCACGACCCGUCGCGCGCCCUCGGCGACCUCACCGGCAUCAAGAAGCACUACUGCCGGAAGCACGGCGAGAAGAAGUGGCGCUGCGACAAGUGCUCCAAGCGCUACGCCGUCCAGUCCGACUGGAAGGCUCACUCCAAGACCUGCGGCACCCGCGAGUACCGCUGCGACUGCGGCACCCUCUUCUCCAGGAGGGACAGCUUCAUCACCCACCGCGCCUUCUGCGACGCGCUGGCGCAGGAGAACGUGCGGGUGCCGCCCAUCGGCGCCGGCGUCUACGGCUGCUCCGGCAACAUUAGCAUUGGGUUCUCCGGCGCCAUGACCGCCCCGCAGCUGCCUCCUGCAGGCUUCUCUGAACAAGUCGGCCAGCCGUCGGCAUCCGCCGGUGACGUCCUCCGCCUCGGCGGCGGCAAUGCUGGGGUCGGCGUCGGCGGCGGCUCUCAGUUUGAUCACCUCAUGGCUUCGUCGUCGGGUGCCUCCAUGUUCCGCUCGCAUGGCUCGUCGUCCUCGUCGUACUACCUCGCCAACGCCCCUCACCAUGCUCCCGCUCAGGAGUACCCGGAGGACGGCCAGGCUCAGGCCGGCCAUGGUGGCUCGCUGCUCCAAGGCAAGCCGGCGGCGUUCCAUGACCUGAUGCAGCUCCCCGUGCAGCACCAGCAAAGCAGCAAUGGUAACAUCCUGAACCUCGGCUUCUUGUCGGGCAGCAAUGGCGUCGACCAAUUCAACGGCAGCGGCGGGCAGGGCGGCAUCGUGACUUCCGGCGCCCUCGCUGGCAGCCACCUAGGCGGCGGCGGUGGCGGCUUUCCUCCCCUGUACAACUCUUCCGAACAGGCCGGCGGGCUGCCGCAGAUGUCGGCGACAGCGCUCUUGCAGAAGGCGGCGCAGAUAGGUGCAACGACGAGCAGCUACACCGGAGGCGGCGGCGCGAGCUCGCUGCUUCGUGGAGCCAGCGCCGGCGGUGAAGGGCCAACUGCCAACGAAAGGUCGUACCAGAAUCUCAUCCUGGGCUCGAUGGCGAGCGGGAGCGGCGGCGCGGGCUACGCCGCUGGUAGCUUCGCCGGCGCGUCGGCAUUCGGUGGCGCCGUCGACGACGGAAAGCUGAGCACGAGGGACUUCCUCGGCGUCGGCGUCGUCCAGGGCAUGAGCGGCUCGGCGGCAAUGGGGCCGCCGCGGCACGGUGCAGCCGGCCUCCACGUCGGUUCACUGGACCCGGAAAACAUGAACUGAAGUCGUCAUCACAGAAAGAAAAAUGAGCAAGAUCAACUGGCAAGACUGAAUGAUAUGAUGCUGCUAAUUAAUUUCAUCAGAUUGAUCAGGAAGUGGUCAAGAAAAUGGAGGGAAUCAAGAACAAAAAAGUGAUAAUUCCCAUGCAGGAUGGAUCGAUAUGUUUCUGCAGCUGUUAUUGGCUAUUGCACUGCUGAUCAUUAGUUGCUAGCUAGCUUAGCCAGGACUGGAAGGAACAAUAAUAAUACCGGGAUCAAUCAAGUGGCCAGAACUUAAUUUUGUAAUUGGUACAUUUCGUUUGUUUUGCUGUACUUUUGGCAGGAGAUAAAUGCAAGCCUCUCCCUAGAUGCAUGUGAAGGCCUAGCUGACCCCAGAUCGACUAGAAUUAAUUCAAGCAAGCAGUGGCUGGAUUAAUUAAUCUUGGAGUUUUUAUUACAUGUUUGGUGCAUAUA